UUUUUUUAGGAAAUUGUUAAAGUUUUAAGUUUGUAUUUAUUUAAUUUAAGAUGUGAAGCUCUUUUUGAUUGUUAGUUAAUGUGUUUAUUUAAAUAUGGUGAUGUACUGGAGGAAAGUGAUUUUGGCGGCUGCCUUGUCGUCUAUUUUGGAUGUCAGCAGUGAACAAUUUGGAAGUGACGAUCACUCGAAGCAGCUCCUAGAGCACCUGACUGAAUCAGAAAAAAUAUUCCUAUUUGGUGCCAACCCUAGCGAAGCACAAUUCGAAGUUGCACAUCUCAAGCAGCCAAAACGUCGUAAGCGCUCAUUACUAUACGACGACCAGGAUCUAGUCGGGCUGAAGAAGCACCUGGACAUCAAACUAAGUCCCAGGAACAGUUUCCUGGACCCUCAGUUCCUGUUGAUGAGAAGGUGGUCCAAUAACACUGAGGUGGUAUUGGAUCAGCAUGCUGAUGAAGAAGUAGACUUGUGUUAUUAUAGGGGGGAUAAUGCAGCGUUGUACGUUUGUAAUGAUGUGAGAGGAUUCGUCAGAUCCAACGAUACUUACUAUUUCAUACAUCCACUGCCAGAUAGAUUUCACGAUGACCAUGCAAAAGCACAUGUGAUCGUGAAAAAACAAAUGAAUGAAAACAAAGAUGAUGACGACUCAUGUAUAGAGAGAGAUAAUAUAAUCGAUGACCCACAACCACCAAACACAUGGAAGAAACAUAGGAGAAAACGUGAAGUACUAAGCAAUGUAAAUAAUAAUUUAGAAGCAUUCAAAGUUAAUUUAGCACAUAGGAAUAAAACUAUUACUGAUUUUAUACAAAAACUAUCGAAUGGACCGCCAAGACAACGAAGGGCGAUACUGCCAGCUGUUUUCGUGGAAACAGCAGUAUUUGUAGAUAGAGAUUUAUACAAACAUAUGACAAUAAAUUUCCCAAAAGACACAGAAAGGGAAUUAGUGAGAUUCGUGCUAGCAAUGAUAAACGCUGUACAAUUGAUAUACCACGAUCCUUCUUUGGGAAGACCGGUAAAUUUCAUACUGAAAAGACUGGAGAUAUUGCACGAAGACCCAGCUAAUUUGAAAAGACCGCAUGAUAUAGAUAGGUUUCUUAGUAACUUUUGCACGUGGCAAAGACUGGAGAAUCCUCCUGGAGAUAAUGAUCCGUUACAUUGGGAUCAUGCGUUGAUACUGACUGGAUUAGACCUGUACGUAGUGAACAAGAAUGGAAAAGUCAGCAGUCAGGUUGUUGGACUAGCGCCAGUAGCUGGAAUGUGCACUGUCACUAGCAGCUGCACUGUCAACGAAGGACGGCACUUUGAAAGCGUCUACGUUGUUGCCCACGAAAUUGGACACAAUCUUGGUAUGCGUCACGAUGGACCCUUAGCUGACAACGGCUGUGACCCCAGCGCAUAUAUCAUGAGCCCUACCCUUGGUAGUGGUAAGAUCACCUGGUCACAAUGUAGCAAGAAUUAUCUUCAGAAGUUUUUAGACACCGUACAAUCACGGUGUCUCCUAGACCAUGGAAACUCAGCCGGUCAACUGGACCACAGCGCUGAAGGCAUUCUACCUGGAGAACGAUUUGACGCUGACCAACAAUGUAUGCUAAAAUAUGGACGAGGCAGUCGACACUCAGGAGCUCAGAGCCUCGAAGACAUUUGCAGGGACCUCCACUGUCAACGUGAGAGGUAUACUUGGACCUCCCAUCCUGCUUUAGAAGGCACACGAUGUGGUGAGGAUAUGUACUGCAGAGGAGGCGAAUGCGUGGAACGUGAAGGGUCUACUGUAGUCAGAGGCGCGUGGGGUCGCUGGUCUAGCUGGUCAGAGUGCGCUUCAGCCUGUCUCGUAGACGAUACGCAUGCCCCCGCUGCUGCAGGAGUCGCUGUUGCUACUAGACGAUGCAAUAGAGCAAGACAUGAAAAUGGAAAGAAUCACUGCGUGGGUCACGAUAAGAAGUAUCAAUCGUGUCAUGCUCAACAGUGCAGCAAUGUUCCUAGAAUGACAGUCCGAGAGUUUGCUGACCAGAUCUGCUUGAGGGCACGAGAUGUAGACCCUGAUCUUAUUGGAACUGGGCUGCAGAGAAUCGAUUCUGAUGAUGUGAGCAGUGCAUGUGCAGUAUGGUGUGACACCCGCGGCGGAGGGUACAAGUCCCGCGGCUGGAGCCUGCCCGAUGGUACCGCGUGCUCUAACGUCUCACCCAUGUUUUGUAUCAGCGGUAUCUGUCAGAAAUUCACAUGUUCAUCAAGCCCUGACACAGAAUUUUCAUUAAAGCCAAGUGACUGCGAAUGGGAAGCGUUGAGAACUGCCACGCCACCAACAACUCCGACAAAGACAUCAGGCACAUGGCGUCGUGCAGUAGGUGGUCAAUGGCGUCCCGCGUCAGGCUGCCACUACCACUGCAUCUCCCCAGGCGCUGGAGUCAGACUUGUCACCGCUACCAGCAGAGACCGACCUUUGACUAGCAUUCAGCUAUGCUCCCCUGAUAGUAGACCUGAUUCUGAAUUCGGUCCGGACAACACUCCAGUAUCGGAGAUGGUGUUCACGCUGCCCCUGCUGGGCCGCGGCGCCAACGCCAGCGUGUCGUGGAGCUCGGCGCGCUCCUCGCGGCAUCGACGGCGUCGCUCUCUGCGCGCCCAGCGGAUCACUGUCAAGGCCACGCUCGACCAGACGCAUCUCGAUGAUAUCAUUGCUAGGCUCAAUUUGACACACAACCUGAACGACCACAUAACCUACUUCGACACAGUUCCAGAGCAUAUUGAGCUGGACUUCAACAACCCAAUACACAUUGCGCCUGAAGACACACUGCUUAGGAAAGCCCCUAGGCCAACGUGGGACUGAAGAAAGAACAAAAUAUUGGCGCUGUUUAACAAACUUUAUGUAACGGAUAUCUCAUCUUAUAGGGAACUGCGAAAUGUGACUUAAAGCUAUUGAAGAAGGUAAUUUCCUGCGACUUUGUGCGUAGUAUCGGACUAAAAAUUUG